GGAACUUGCGGCUGAGAAACUUUCCAGGGUACAGUCAAGGACACCUUUAGCCUCGCGGAGGUGCCUCGGGAAGCAGUGUACAUGGGACUUGCUGGAACCUUGCCGUAUCUCGCUACAUCGCUCUCAACGGUAUACUGUUCUUGGGAACUCAACCACAGCAACGCUGGAUACGGUUUUAUGAUAUCCGAAACUACAGCUACUCAGAUGCUUCAUCUGCUUGAGCCAAUACAACUAGGGUAUGGGGCUACCAUUCUCUCAUUUCUUGGUGCGAUCCAUUGGGGACUCGAAUUCGCAGGGUUUGGAGGUUACCAAGGCUAUCGUCGCUACGCGAUCGGAGUAGCCGCUCCGUUGGUGGCUUGCUCGACCCUCUUGAUGCCUAUCGAAUAUGCUCUUAUAAGCCAAUUUUUUGGCUUCGUAAGCCUGUACUAUGUCGACACGCUGGCAUGUAGAAAUGGCUGGACACCAACCUGGUACCGCACGUACCGUUUCCUCCUGACGUUUAUUGUUGGUGCUAGCAUAGUCGUCACACUCAUCGGCCGAGGAGAACUGCCUGAUAGGGUUCCGGGGGCUGUCACGCGCGCGAAGGUGCUUCGCGAGGGCAGCGCAGAUGCACUUGCAGAAGAGGAGGAGGCUCGCAUGGCCGAGAAGAAGAAGGCGGCGGCCAGUGACGAUCGAGGAAAAGAGUAAACAUUGGCGUCUGAGAGUAAUUGUUUGCAGAGAAAUUGGCAGUUGUCGACUCAGCGUCUGAGACCUUUAGCUAUGUAAAAGCCGUGAGCCGCACAGUCAGAACAAUAUGUGUUUGUUCUGGAGAUGUUCUCAUUGCCACUCUAGCUUAUCCAAUUUUAUGUACAUACGUUUCG